AUGGCUCAAUGUCCAGUCUGUCAACAGAACAAGAACGAGUCCUUAUCUCUGGUCGGGUUACUCCAACCCCUGCCGAUUACAAUAUGGAUUUGGGCGGACAUCACCCUCAAGUUCAUUGAAGGACUGCCCCGCUCUAACAACUUCAAUGCCAUAUUAGUCGUCGUAGAUAGACUAAGUAUGCACACUUCAUUCCUCUAAAACACCCGUUCAAUGCCAUAUUAGUCGUCGUGGUCUCAAAGAAAUCAUCCGGUUGCAUGGAUUCCCCGAGUCUAUCAUUUCUGACAAGGAUAAAAUAUUCAUGAAUUUUUUUUGGAGGGAAUUAUUCAAGCUUUCUGGUACCUCUCUGCGGCGGACCAGCUCGUAUCACUCACAGGUCGACGGAUAGUUGGAGUUUUUCAACCGAAGCUUAGAAACUUACUUACGAUGUUUUUUAAGAGAUCGAUCGCAUCAAUGGAGCAGUUGACUAGCAUGGGCCGAGCUCUGGUUCAAUACCAAAUUCAACAUCUAUACCGGGACAUCUCCAUUCAAAAUCGUGUAUGGACGCAACCCUCCCGCCUUACUGCAGUACAAGUCAGGAGAGGCAGUCAUGGCGGACCUCAACCAGCUCCUACAAGAGCAGGAUGAGGCCCUGGAACAAUUAAAGCAGCACCUAGCACAGGCACCGGCGCCGUGAUAUGGAAUUUAACCCAGAAGACCUGGUCUACCUUCGGUUGCAACCCUACAGGUGGCAGUCACUCGCCAUAUAACCCUACAAAAAACUUGCCUCAAGAUUUCUUUGUCCGUUUAAGUUCCUAGAGCGAAUUGACGCUGUGACAUAUCGUCUAGAAUUACCGCCGAAAAAAGCGGCCAUCCUCCCUGUAUUCCAUGUGUCCUAGUUGAAGCCGGCCAAAGGAGCAGAACUCCGUGAGCCCAUCAGUCCACUCCGCUUAAACGAGGAACUGUCAUGGACGGUAGAACCCACAGAAGUUCUGGAAGGAGCUCCCUCCGUCACAUGACCUGAGGUCCUAAUCAGUUGGAAGGAGCUCCCUCCGUCAGAGGCAAUGUGGGAGAAAACACGGAGCCUCCGACAUCAGUUUCUUGAAUUUGACCUUGACGACAAGGUUAAUGCCUUAGGGGGGAGUAUUGUCGUGGCUCUGAUCAUGGAUUCUCCCCCUCCCGUGGACAGAGUUUGGGUCGGGCGCAAGGGAACAACGGGAUCCGUCAUUUAG